AUGCUUUCUCCGGAGGAACCACAACUUAAAAUAUACAUGCUAAAAGCGGGCUUGGAUGAAACUAAAAAUACGUUACUGUCGCAGACUGACGUUCUCCUUUCCAUUGAAGAAGAGAGUGAGCAACUGAGUGAAGAGAACAAAAAAGUUUUACGAGAAUCGCAUGCCUUAAAUGCUAAAGUUGAGAGUUUGAAACUAGAAAACGUCCGUCUCUCGGCCAAAAGGAUCAUAAUUAUGCAACAGUGUGAAGAGGCUACAACUUGUCUGGACCGCACAAAAGAAAACCGAGAUCUGAUUUUUCAACAGAUAAAAGAAGAACUAACUAACUCGGAAAUUAUGUUACGUCAGUAUGAGGAUCACCUCUUUGAGAUUGCAGAAAGAUACAGAAAGAACCCGGUAUUCGGUAAUGAGGAAGCCAUAAAAAUCGAAACGGAGAAGAUGAAAGAAACAAUAUCUGAACUUGAACAUGAGGAAGCUAAGCAUCAGAACAUAGUCCAACUCUUGCAGCGUGAGUUGGACAGUUUUGGGACUUCUAUACCUGAAGAUAUAUUGGAUAUUGUGUAA